GCUCCCUCCCACAAUCGCUCACUCUUAUAUUCAGUUGCGGCAGAGCUCAGGUUUGGAUAACGGUGUUAUCUGGGAAUGAUGCCGGCGGUUGGAGCCGUGGGAGUCGGACUGCUCUGCGCCCUGCUUGUCGCCCUCAUGCCGGGUGGCAUGUCGGACUUGGUGACUCUGGUGCAGGACUCGGUCCGACCCGAAUCGUCACUGCUGAUGCCAAAAGUCAUGAUCGCCAUUCUGGCUCGCAACGCAGCGCACAGCCUGCCGCACUACCUGGGCUGUAUCGACAGGCUAGACUACCCGAAGGAGCGGAUAGCUAUCUGGGCAGCGACAGACCACAGUGUGGACAACAGCACAGCCAUGCUGAGGGAGUGGCUGAAGCAGGCUCAGGACCAGUACCACUAUGUGGAGUGGAGACCUAUGGAGGAGCCCAAGUCCUAUACUGAUGAGUGGGGGCCCAAGCACUGGCCUCCGUCCCGCUUCAACCAUGUGAUGAAACUGAGGCAGGCUGCUCUUAAGGCAGCACGGGAACGCUGGGCAGAUUACAUACUGUUUGCAGACGGUGAUAACCUGCUGACCAACCCAAAGAUUCUCAACCUGCUCAUGGCUGAGAACCUGACUCUGGUAGCUCCCAUGCUAGAGUCACGCUCUCUCUACUCUAACUUCUGGUGUGGCAUCACCCCACAGGGUUACUACAAACGUACCCCUGACUACCAGCCAAUCAGGGAGUGGAAGCGUCUGGGUUGCUUCGCUGUACCCAUGGUGCACUCUACCUUCCUGCUGGACCUGAGGCGUGGCGCCAGCAGGGAGCUGGCCUUCUACCCCCCUCACCCUGACUACAGCUGGGCCUUCGAUGACAUCAUGGUGUUCUCCUUCUCUGCCCGGCAGGCAGAUGUGCAGAUGUACGUGUGUAACAGAGAGCACUAUGGCUUCCUACCGGUUCCUCUGAAGGCCUCGCAGAAUGUUGACGACGAGAAGGAGAGCUUCACACACACCAUCGCUGAGGCCAUGAUUGAUCACAACAUAGCACCCUCAGAGUACCUGUACAAUCCCGAGAUGCCGCAGGACAAGAUGGGCUUUGAUGAGAUAUUCCUGAUUAAUCUGAAACGUCGUCUGGACAGGAGACAGAGGAUGUUGAGCACCAUGGCCUCUCUGGGUCUGCAGGCCACCAUCACUGACGCAGUGGACGGCAAGGCUCUGAACUCUUCUCAGCUGCAGGCAUUGGGUAUAGAGAUGAUUCCAGGUUAUCAGGACCCGUACUCUGGCCGUGUUCUAACCAGAGGAGAGAUAGGCUGCUUCCUCAGCCACCACUCCACCUGGGUACAGAUGGCGGAGCGUGGUCUUUCCAAGGUGCUGGUGCUGGAGGAUGACGUGCGCUUUGAGCCCAGAUUUAAGAGGCGAAUGAUGACCAUCAUAGAGGAAGUAGAGAAGGCCCAGCUGGACUGGGAUCUCAUCUAUGUUGGGCGUAAGCGUAUGCAGGUGCACCAACCGGAGCGUUCUGUGGAAGGGGUUAAUAACCUGGUGGAGGCUGACUACUCUUAUUGGACGCUGGGCUAUGCCCUGUCAGCGCAGGGUGCCAGGAAGCUGCUGGCUGCUCAGGCCUUCAGCAAGAUGCUACCUGUCGAUGAGUUCCUCCCUGUCAUGUUCAACAAACACCCCAAUUCUGACUUCAUGUCUCACUUUGAGCCUCGGGACCUGAAGGCCUUCUCUGUGGAGCCCCUCCUCCUGUACCCCACCCACUACACGGGCGAGCCGGGCUACGUGAGUGACACGGAGACCUCCACCAUCUGGGACGACGAGGCCACCGCCACCGACUGGGACCGCCUGCACCAGCACGCCAGGAAGACAGAGCAGCAAGGCCGCAUCCACACCGUGGCUCAGAACAGUGUGACGGGAGACUCACCUCCACCUGCCGCCCGCUCCACACGUGAUGAACUCUGAGAAGGAAGAGAGAGAGACUUGUAGACGUGCUUUUGCACGGACACACACAUGGACAUACACACGGACACACACAAGGACAUACACAUUCACACACUCAUGCGCAUGCACGCACGCACGCAUGCACUCUCUCUCUCUCUCUCUCUCUCUCUCUCUCUCUCUCACACACACACACACACACACACACACACACACACAACUGGAUACACAGUCAACUACUCUGCUCAGUGCAUUUUCUCAUUGGCUAUCUGCUGUCUACUAGCAUAUUAUGCCUGAUGAGGGGUGGAUUGGUCUGUGCACUGAGAAAGUGGGCCCAGGACCUCAGAUGUAUUUAUUCCCCUUGCGCUCUACAGUCUGACACACACACACACGCACACACACACACACGCACACACACACACGCGCACACGCACACACACACACACACACACACACACACACACACACACACACACACACACACACACACCCCAAACACACACACACACACACACAUACAGUCAGGGAGAGACCUUGAAGAGACUCAGAGAGAAGGACUGGGGGGACCUGAACACCCACACCAUGCAGGGACGAUGUGAGAGAGACAGAGACUGGACGACCUGAGACUGCAACAUGUGGAAGACAGAUAUUGCUGUUUGCAGUACAGAGAUAAAACUCACAAACCAAUGUUUAUUGUAUUGUUAAAACAGGAUGAUUAUUGUAAUUUAAAAAUAACAUGUGGUUUAUGGGCAGCCCAGGGAAUAAAGGAAUCUUACAGCUGUCUGAAAUGACGUUGUGUGUGUGUGCGCUUGUGUGCAUGCAGGCUGGUGUUUGUGUUUUUCCAUGAUCGCAAGUAUACCCAGGAGUGCUGUCAGUUGCUAUGAUGUCAUAUCACUGUCACUACCAGACCACACACUCAUACACACAUGCAAGAGCGCACACACACACUGUCACAAUCAUUUGCCAUUUGAUUCUUUGUAAGAAGCAGGUCAGGACAGAGAUGAUGGAGGACAGUGUUCCCCUGAGACAGUCAGCCUGUGAACCUGUAGAUGCUGUUGUAGCAGUUAGCAGACUGGCCCUGUUACACACAGAUCAGACUACACUCAUCUGGCUUUACGCUGAGCUGAGCUGAACCUGGCCUUUCAUCUAACUGGAAUGGUGGUGCUACAAAUCUGUGUUUUCAUUCACUCUGCAGUUUGUUUGUUUGAUUCGGCCAUAUCUCCUGCUAUCAUCUCUGUUAUGGCUACAGGGUUUGAAACGACUAUGGUGUAAGGUUUUGGCCGUGUAUUGCUGUUAUUUCAAUUGUAUCACUAACCUAAACUACUGCACUGUUCCCACGACCUCGUCAUGUCGACCUUACUGUCUGUAGCAUAGACACAGCUUUGGUCGACGGCAACAAUUCACUCAAGAACACGACUCAUGUACAGUAAAUCCCAUUUAGUUGCAGGCCACAGUUUUUCAGGCCCCAGUUAAAGUCAAAACAUGUGCACUGGAUGCAUGUACAGGCAGACACUCAGCUCCGUAUUCAGUACACUAUGUUCUAUCCCAUGGUGUGCACCGUGGUCAGGUUAUAGGAAAUUCCUCUCUGGGUUUUACUGUUCCCGUCCGUAGAAUCAGUCGUUGAGGCUCAGACCUGCAUGGGGAACAGAGGAAGGGAGAGAGAGAAGAGGAGAAACUGUCCAGAACGGAGGAUUUUACGAGACACAUGAGUUCCAUAAAGAGACAGGCAGGUUGGAUAUGGAGAAGUCUGCCUCUGAGCCCUGAAUACCUCUACUGCUGGACAGGAGGAUGAUAAGGAGGAGGCCACAGUAACCUACAGCACCAUAUCAGAACCACACCUCUAACCAUACACAAACUGUAGCUAGCUAUUAUAAGAGCCCAGUGUGGUGUUUGUUUGCCUGAGUGAUUUAACUAACUGCGAAAAUA